AUGGCAAAGACUUCAAAAUCAAGACAGUUAUGGCAAUAUGAAAGUGACAUUUCAAAUGUGGAUAUUGCUUAUAACUUUCAAGAGGACAUUUAUAAUUUUGAGGAGGACGAUAAUGAACUUGAUACAUCCCGCUAUUUAUCUUGGGAACUCAAAAUGAAUGAAACAAAGAAAAAUAAAAUGUUAAGAAAAGCAGCAGUAGGAACAUCAAAAAUUUUGCAAUUUUUUCCUUUUACCAAUUCAAUGACAGCCGUUAAUGAAUCUCCAAGUGAGAAUGAAAGUGAAAGCGAAAAUAAUGAGGGUAUAACAGAAUCGAAAAAGAAAUUCAAAAGACAUUCGACAGCUUACCUGCAUUCUGUAAAAUUCAAAGUGAAUCCAGAAAUGGUUAAAAGUUAUGUUGAACAAAAAAUUCUUCCCCAAUUAAAUCAAGAUGUGUAUAUCGAUGGGCACGAAAGGCCUAAUUGGCAUGAUGAAGGUUGUGAAUUUAGAACCUUCCUGCGGUUAAGUAAUGGUGAAAAGGAACAUGUUUGGGUAACCCAUGAUGAGACAACUUUUCAUGCUUAUGAUAGGCCCCAUGCAGUGUGGUGUUCAGAGAAAGAACAACCUUUAAAAAAAAAGGGGUUGGGUCUUGGUAUACAUGUUAGUGACUUUAUGAUGGAAACGAUUGGACUGCUCAAAGAUGAAGAGGAGGAGGCACAUGUAACAAUAGUACUGAGUGCACAUUAUGACGGUUUUUGGGAUACGGAAAAACUUCACUAG